CUGUCUGCGAUUAUUGAGAAUUCACCUGUUUUCAUGUUAUGCUUAUGGCCCGUUAUUGGAUUCAUGUGGUGAAUCAAGUUCAGUCAGUGUAGAUGAAAGGCUAAGUAAAGCUGUUCUUUAUAAUACUGUGACAUAAAUUACAUAUGGAAAUAUGAGUGAAAUGGCGUAACAACCAGUCUGGCCAAAGGGUCCGCAAAUCAAAUUCUGUGCAGUUCUUCCUCAAAGCCAUUUAAUACAAAGUGUAUAAGUGAUUCCUGCUAACCAGCUGAGUGAAGGGUCAAGUUUCUGUUGAUGUAGUGGCAGAGUUGUGGCUCAGGGAGCAUGAGGGGUCAUGUACGGCUUCCAUCAACUGACUGACAUGGCGAAAUGUGUGUUCGCUGUGAAUGUGGGUGAGUGCAUGCAACUGUAGCAGUAUGGAGCAUUUGUUUCCUUGUACAGGAGAGAAGAUAGCUGAUGUGUGUUCAUAGACCUGCUGUUUUAUGUGUCAGCAAUAAAUAAAAAUAUUAGAAAACAAUGCAGCUACACCCUUGAGAGCUGUUAACCUUAUUUAGUUUUAGGUUGUUUUCAGCUGAAUUCAGAGAAGUACUGGACACAGUUUUUAAACCACCAAAAGUCAUGCACAUUUGCAAUCAGCUGUACUGAAAGCUUUUGAAAAAAAGAGCUCCCUGUUGCUGUUCAUUGUCUCUUCAUAAUAUCCUUAAGUUCUUUUUUAUAGCCACUCAGUCAGCCCUGCUAUUACAAAAUGAUCCAUUUAUGAUCAUAUUAGGCUUUGGUUUAAGCCAGACUGAUACAGCUUGAAAGACUGUGCAGCUAGAAAUAUCCUGGGAAAACAUUAACCUCUUUAUUAAUCAUUUAUGUGUUUUUCUUGCAGUUUUUUUGGAUCAAGAGACAGUUGUUUAAAUGACAAAGCUUCACUGCUUUUGUGUUUGGAGGAUGUACAGUGGCAUUUAAAUUUAAAUUGUUAGGUUGAUGCAUACAGCUGAAAAUGUCCUGAAAAUACUAACAACUGGUUCCCAGAUAUAAUGAGCAGAAACCUGAGGGGGCAGGAGCAGAACAAUGCACUUCCUCUUCACUUCUUCUGCAUAAGGUGUAUCAGACACUUCUCUAAUGUGGUGACACCCUCAGAGGACCGUUUCUAUUCCAAGUCACUGUCAGUUUGAUGGUCAGUUUGACACUACUCUUUACUAGUGAAGAUUUCACUGAAGCCUUCACAUAUCUGUAAAGGUGGCCAGCGGACCAGACCAAAGGGAAGCAGCUGGCACUGAAGAGUGCAGACGAAUGGGUGCCAUGUUAGAAGGCUUGAUAGAGACAGAGCCUCUCCUACACGGAGGACACAGAGUGGGGCUUCAGUGAUGAUCCUCUCAUCUUUACACCACAGGAAGGAGCAAACUACAGCUGGAGUACCACUAAAACACACAUCUGCACACCUGGACCAUCACCUGCACCGAGACACAGCCUCACAUACUCCUCCUCAGUGUUCUUCAUUCACACUUCAGAACUCGUUGACUCGUGAAAACAAACUGCGGCACCUCACAGAGGCAUCAAUGAAAGCCCAAGGGUUGAAAGUGUUCAGCCAUCUUAAAUGGUGUGAAUGAGAAUCUUGGUGCACAGCUCUCCUGUUUCACACCAGCACCACAGAGACAGGGACAGAAAUUUAAGUGGGACAACAGAAAGCUCAGAGUAGAGAAAAGAUCGUUGGACUGGAGUCGGUAUCUCAGGCACCAUGCAGUCAGACGACCUCUUCAUCCGCAAGUUUCGCCGUCAGAACAUGCGGCCGCCUGUUGCCACCGUCAACUUUGACACCAAACGGGAAGCAGGUGUAGUGGAGUGGCCGCCCAGGCGGGACGGUGAUGGAGCUGACGGAGACAGCCUCACUCCGAGCCGUGCGGGGCUGACCCUGAGGUCGGUGGGCCGGGGCCACAUCAUGCAGAGAAGUAACAGCGAUGUGACCUUAGGAGACUUGGACUCCUCUGGGAAGGGAGGGGGCAAAGCAGCUCGGGCGGUUGGUGAGAAGGUGGGUGCGGGGUCUCAGGGGGACUCGGGGGUGCUGCUUCACAGGGAAUACGGCAGCCUGUCCUCACUGGAGAGACAGACUCAAGCUCAGGAGUCGAGCACAGACGACCGGGGACCCCUGAGUCCAAAUGCCCUUCGCUUCAAAGACCCUUUCCUGCUUUUAGGACUGCAGGGCAACCCUCCAGAGCCUGAUGGAUUCUUUCGAGGUCUGUCUUUUCCCACAGGGGAAUCCCCAAAACCUGUCAAGCCGCCGAAGCCCGAAGGUCUAAGUAAGAAGACCAAACCCGUGCCCCCUCAGAUCCCUCAACCAGGUCAGUAUGACAACAUCGGGGGUGGAGCCUGGGUGAGGAACUUUGCCCACUACGAUGUCCAGAGCAUCCUGUUUGACCUCACUGAGGCAGCCACUAACAGAGACAGCAUUGGACGGAAAAAGAAUAUCACCUCGGGGGCUUCAGCAGCCUCACAGCUGCGGCCCCUCUCCCAGGCUGCCCCAUCCUCACCUGCACAGGGUGGGGGAGGCAACAGUGGGAUUGCAGAUGACCCUGAGCAGUCACUGCUGCUGGACGAAGGCGAUGGUAAUGACAACGAGCUCCUGCUCAGCUGCCCUCACUUCCGCAAUGAGACGGGGGGAGAAGAACAGGUGGGUCUGGGUCGAUCCCAGGGGAGGCGGGGACUCUGGUCGAGCCUGCGAACCCCCAACGAUGCAGUGUCGGUCCUGGAAGAGCCCAGAGAGAGUCACAUCCAGCAGCAGGGCAAGAGCAACUACUUUAUAGAGCAUGCAGAUCUGGGAGCUCAUUACUAUCGCAAAUAUUUCUACAUGAAAGAACACCAGAAUUUCUUUGGCAUGGACGAUCGCCUCGGCCCAGUGGCCAUCAGUUUCCGUCGAGAGGAGAAAGAAGGAUCCAGCGGAGCUCAGUACAAUUGCAGAAUCAUCUUUCGCACCACAGAGAUGAAGACACUGCGAGGUUCCAUCUUGGAGGAGUCAGUACCUUCUGCCGCUCGUCACACAACCCCCAGAGGCUUGUCUCCUAAGAGGCUGCUGGAGUUCAUCUUGCCUGAGCUGAACCUGCACUGCCUUCGCUUGGCCUCAAACUCCCCCAAGGUCCGGGACACCCUGCUGAAGCUGGACGAACAGGGGCUGAAUUUCCAGCGAAAGGUUGGGGUGAUGUAUUGCCGUGCCGGGCAGAGCUCAGAGGAAGACAUGUACAACAAUGAGAGCUCAGGGCCAGCGUUUGAGGAGUUUCUGGAUCUGCUCGGGGAGCGGGUGCGCCUGAAGGGCUGGGAGAAAUACCGAGCUCAGCUGGACAACAAGACGGAUUCAACGGGAACACAUUCCCUCUACACGCGCUACCAGGACUAUGAGAUAAUGUUUCAUGUGUCCACCAUGCUGCCCUACACAGCCAACAACACACAACAGUUGCUGAGGAAACGACACAUCGGUAACGACAUCGUGACAAUCGUGUUCCAGGAGCCAGGCGCCCUGCCUUUCACUCCAAAGUCCAUCCGCUCCCAUUUUCAACAUGUCUUCAUCAUCGUUCAGGUUCAUGAGCCCUGCACUGACAAAACCUAUUACAGGGUGGCUGUGACUCGCUCUAAAGACAUCCCAUUAUUUGGCCCACUGUUCCCUAAGGGGGCCCGCUUCCCUCGCUCGCCUGCCUUCCGAGACUUCCUGCUGGCGAAGGCAGUGAAUGCAGAAAACGCUGCGGAGAAGUCAGAGAAGUUCCGCUCCAUGGCUACGCGCACGCGACAGGAAUACCUGAAGGAUCUGGCCGAAAACUAUGUGACCACCACACCCAUCGACUCCUCCACCAAGUUCCCCCUGCUCUCUCUGGGAGGCAAGCGCAAAGACAAGCUGAAGGGCGCCAAAGGGGUCGAGCUGCACAGCGCCGGGGCGCUGGUGUGGGCUGUGAUGGUCAACAGGGGAGAUGAAGGGGAGGCGGGAGAGCUCAGGCUACCCUGUCUGCUCGGAGUGUCAGCUGAGUCUGUGGUGCUCAUUGAGAGGUGCACACGCAGGGUGGUGUUUAACUGCUCCUGCAGAGAUGUCAUCGGCUGGAAGGCAGUGACAGAGACUAAGGAGGGAGGCCCUUGUUUGGAUAUCUUCUAUGAGCGCGGGGAGUCCGUGUCGAUCAGUGUAAUGGAGAGCCAAGCCGAGGAUAUACGAGAGGUGGUGCAGAGGCUAGAGCUGGUUACCCGAGGCUGUGAGGCUUUUGAGGUUACCCCCCUGCGUGACGGAGUCGGCCAGCCUGGCUUCCUGAUGAACGAGGAGGGCUUCGUGACGGAGCUGCAGCGGUUCUGUUACGCCGAGAGCGGAGGCCUGCAGCUGUGGGCUCGUGUGGUGCGGCUGUGCGGACACUCACUGGUUCACCUGAGCCCUGAGGAGAGGACCAGGCUGCUCCGCACCGCCCACAAAAUCCACAUCACUGUCAUCCCACCAGACGAGAACGGCAAGCCUCGCAGAAGUUUCUCUGAGCUGUACCAGAAAGCCAUCAAGGAUGCAGAGUGCAAGCCCGGCGAGGAUCAGUCUGGAGAGGCCUGGGUGCUGGACGAGAGGGAAGAAGAGGACGAGGAGGUGGAGGAGGAGGAGCAGGACAAGCUGAAGGCGGAUGGGGUCAGUGAGGCGGAUAUAAUGGAGGUGCAGGUGGAGGCCGAAGAGGGCGAAGGGCAGUCGUUUGAUAAAGGGCAAAGUGAGAGAAGUCUCGACUCGCUACUCUCGCUGCCCAGCUUACCUUUGUUACGGGCCACUUCACUGCAGGACCAACCAGCCAAUCAGAGCCAGGAGGGCAACACCUCACAGCUAACACGCAGCUGCUCUUUGGAGAGGCGGCCAUCCUUGAGGGAUACGUGUGAUGGACACAUGUAUGACAAUGUGGCGCUAAAGGGAAAACACAUCUAUGAGAACGUCGGCGAGCUGAGAGACGCCACACCUGAUCUGAUCCUGGCUGUCAAACCCAAGGGUUCCGUGGAGGACGAACAGUUCAUGGGCGCUGAGUUUGGUGAAGACAAAGCUUCGGCGAGCGACUCGUCUUCCCGACUGUCAUGUGUGGACCGAGCCGAAAGAAAUUCACGAGCUCUAAGUCUUCAUAACUCCAUCACCAAGAUUCUCUCAGAGACGACCGAUUCGACUGAGGAGGAGUGGCAGUCCAUCGCUGACCUGGCCACAGCCUGCCGCAGCAUCCUGGAGGCUUUGUCACGAGAAGACCGUAAAGCUGGAGACCCCUCCCAAGCAGGAGAGCAGACAGACAGCAAGCAGAAAGACUUUAAGGAGAGUGACUCUCCAGGCCACCUGGAGGAGAAGGUAUCGCAGCUGGAAGCCAUGUUGAGGAAGCUGCAAGAUGAUCUGCAAAAGGAGAAAGAGGACAAGGCGAUGCUGCAGGCCGAGGUGCAGAGCCUCAGGCAGAAUAACCAGCGGCUGCAGGAGGAGUCGCAGAGCACGGUGGCUCGUCUCAUCAAAGUCACCGAGCUGCUGUGCAACGUCAACAAGCCCUGUUAGCCAGGCCACUUCACGCACAAACACACAAAUCAGCAGAGAGAAAGAUGCAAAUCGUGCAACGUGAUUGUACGCUCACUGUACUAAUUUUGGUUCUACAUAUUUGCAAACACACACACACACACACACACACAUUUCCUCUUCGGUCUGUGUAUUACCACAGUCUCAAUCUCAGUCUGAAUCCUGGACCUGCUGGUUGGUGAGGGAGUAUGCAAACUAACUCAUACAAAAGAAUAAAGACAUUUUCACCAUCCUGUCAUAGACUGACCAACGGGUGGCUCUCAGACAGCUGCGUUGGUGUACUAUGCCAGAGUGCUUCUCUUGGUGUGGGUGAUGUAGUAUGUGUGUGGAUGUGUGCCACAUGUGUGCCUGUAUGUGUGUGUGUGCAUCUCCUACUGUACCUUGCUUAAAAUACUUGACAAGCUGGGCUAAAUAGCACUUGCAUAAAAAGUGGCAAUUAAGACUGAGAGAGACACUGUAUAGCAUGUUUGGUGGUGUCUUAUCUGAAAUGACCAAAAGUGUACAUAUAUAUCACCAAUAAUAUAUGUGAUCAGUAGUAUUGCUAUCUUGUCUGCCAGACUUGUAGUUGCAGUGUCUGAGUGUGGUUCUGCCCGGCACUGAGUGUGUGGAAGGCCUUGAAACGAAACGCAACAAGUGAAAAAACAAAAACAAAGGAAGAUGACAAUAUGAAGCCCGUAGGCUGCCUUCUACUUCAAAACAUGUGAUGGGUCUCUUACAUAAGGACAUCACUCUCUGUCCUCUUCACUUCUCAGUAGUACUGUAUUCAAGACAUUCUGGAGUUUUUAAGGAGAGACAAUUACAAAAAAAAAAACAACAAAACAAAACGAAAAAAAACCAAAAAAACAACCGAAAAAGACAAAACUGGAAACUGAAAAAAAAAAGAACUGAGCAUGCGUGUUCCUCCUGGAAGUAUGUAUGAAAACAAUAUUAAAAGUGAUACCGAAAAGGGUCGUACCUCUCCUGAAGACACAGACAAUGGCAGGAAAGAAAUGCUUCAGCUUCCUUCCAUGAUAGCCUGUAGCUGUUUUCUUCUAACCUCACUAUUGUAGCAGCCAUACUGUAGAAGAUCUCCUCCUGCUGGCCUGAACCACAAAAUGCCAAAAGGCAGCUUUUCUUUCAGCUGGCAAAAUAGCUUUAGGUGUCUGAAUAGAACACCUUGAACUAAUAGUGAAAUACAGAAUAUUGUAUUUAAAUAUGUUUUGUGUUUGGCGGAUGUCUACAGUGACCGUUUUGGGUAAUUGUUUAGUAUGGCUUAUGAGUGGUAGCGGUAAGGACAAUAGGUGAAAUGUUGCCAUUCCACCCUGGUGUGUGUUUGUGUGUGUUUCUGUGUUGUUCAAGCACUUUUGUUUUGUAAAAUCAGCACUGGACGGGGCACAUGCUGUACUUUAUUUAGCCUGCCCAGGUUAUGUCCUGCUCAACAUAAGAAGGUGGAUAAGAUCUCAUCCCCCUGACGCCACCUUACCUCACCUUUUUAUGUCCACUGCUGACGGCGCCAAUAAACAAACGUGUUCAGAGGAGUCGGACUGCUUCUCCUCAGUGCCAAUGAAAAGCCCAGGCAGCUCUCCCGAAUCCCAACGAAAUCAAACUGAAGUGACUCAACCGCAAACUAAAGGAAAAACUCUAAACUGCAACAAAAAGGGAUGCCAAACGUUCACCAGUCACUCAGACUCUCUUGUUUCUUGUACAAAUUUCCUCUUGUAAUUUUAUUUUAGAGUCACUGUGAAUACCUGGUACCAGCAUAUUAAGAUACAGUAUAUACAGAUUAAAUUAUGAAUCUAAACUUUAUCAGUAUGUGAAGAUACUGUAUGUACAGCUGAACUGUUCCAUGUUACUUAGUGCUUUGGGUUGUGUACGCCCUCCUUUUGCAGGAUGAUUAUGCAGACAAGUGUUAACCGUGGCCAUGCAGGCUCCUGUUUCAUCUCCUGUACAUGCUGAAGCCUCAUGACUGAACAGGGAAACGUUGGCGUGAGAAGACCUGUUUUACUGUGUCUUGUAUAGUUAUUUAGAUUGUAGGAGGUUGAUCAAGCAUGAGAAUGUGCCAAGCAACUUCCAAGCUCCCCUCUGUAUGUGUGUAUGUAUAAAAAUGUAACUUAUUAAUCAUGCAAAUGUGGAUUUUCUUGUAGCUGUUUAAACUGGAGGGAAGUCUCAAGGAAAAAAUGUGAAAUAGGGCAGAAAGGAAAGGUGGACUUGGUUAUAAAUUUAAGUUUCUUUUGUAGAAAAAACAACAAUGACAUGACAAAAUCCUAUCAAAUCUUGCUUAAUGUGACUCUUAUUAUCAUUCUAGUGUUCAGCUAUUUCAGCUAUAGUUCUUACAUAUUUAAUAAGGUCUUAAAACACCAUUAGGUACGCCUUAAUGAGUGAAACUCUUCUUUCAGAAUGGAUGGUCAAACUAGUCAUACUGGUGUUAUGUGAAGGCUUAUUUCUCUGACUUUGUGCCUACCUGAAAAUGUAAUGUAUGUUAUCCCAGCAUAGUGACCUCAUUUAUUUGUCUUUGGUUGCACUUACUGAGGUUUUUUCAGUGGCAGAUGAAGGUUUUGCAAAGAGAUCGUCACAACAUCUUGUCUUUCAUCCACCAUGCGGGGAGAAGUCACAUAAAUAACAGAAAAUAAUAAUAAGAAUAAUAAUAAUAAUAGUAAUAGAUGUGUGUUGUUGAUCUAAAGCAUCACUGACGCUCAGUGAGUACCACCGAUUGUUCAAAGACGCAAACAGACAAAUAUAUGAUUUUUAAGAGCGAAUUAAAAGGAAAAAGGUGCUUAAAA